GAAAGAAAGAAAUCCCACACAAGGCUUCCCUUUCCAAAUAUUCAAAUAUGCAUCAAGAAAAUUCAAGAGAAUUUGAUCUAAGCAUUCUUGAUUUAGAACUAGAGCAUCAAUUCAACAGCUCCAACUCAGACUCAAUCUCCGACAAUCUAUCGGUCAAAAAGUGGGAGAAGAUAGACGAAAAUGGAGAUAGUAUGCCGUGUGCUUCAUCACAAGUACAGAAUAACUGGAAGAAAUACAGAGGCGUGCGUAGGCGACCAUGGGGAAAAUUUGCUGCUGAAAUUAGAGACCCAAAAAGAAAAGGCGCUAGGCUUUGGUUGGGAACUUACGAGAGCCCAAAGGACGCGGCGUUGGCUUAUGACCGAGCUGCAUUUAAAUUAAGGGGUACUCGGGCUUUAUUGAAUUUCCCCCACUUGAUUGAUACGAACGUCGCUUUGCUGAACAGAGUUCGGCCUAAGCGGCGUUCGCACUCGCCCGAAAUAAAGGAGGAAGAAGAAAUUCCGAGUCCAAAAAGGAGAAAUGCUCAGCUAAUAAACAGCCUAGCUAAAGUUAAUUUAAAUAAUCAUAGUAUCAUACAAAUGUUUGGAGUCACUAAUUAUGCAUUUCAUCCUUAGGAUUAAAAAGAAUUUUCGGUUUUAAGUUUGAAUUACAAAUAUAUGAAGAUUGAAGUACUCUUCCUUGUUCCUCCUACUCCUUUUCUUUUUUCGUGAAAAAGGGCUGAGCUCAUGAACUUAUUAUGUAACCUUUGUUUUACGUUCUCAUGUUUUUUUUUCGUAUUGUAAAAUUCAAGCUUGCCUAUGUGAA